UUUCCCUUCAUCGCCUCCAUCCCUAAAAAUUCACAAAAUCUCAGUUCUCACACAUCUCACCGCAUAACCCAAUUUUCCAAACCCUAGUUCCUCAAGAGUAGCCUAUUUUGAAGGAAACCGAAUUGAGCCACAGAUUAAGUGCAAUGGAUCCCGGAAAUCUGGGUGAGAUAUUGAAGCACUUGGAGAAGCAGAAUGAGCUCCUCAUGAAAGCGUCUCAAUUAGUGAUGCAAGAAUUAUCUGAUCUUCAGGGAGAAGAAGAAAUGAUGAUGCGCAAGUAUUACGCUAUUAUGUCAGAGCAUGGUAAAGUUAAAAAGGUUCACGAACUUCAUGAAUUUUGGCAGAAGCAUGGCCACGGAAAAGUUUCAGCUGACAAUGGAAUCGGAAACUCUACUGCAUUAGUCACUGUUACUAGGAAAGAAGAAAACUGAUGAGUUCCAUGCGUUCUCACUUUUCACAUUGUUAGAUAAGCUGUAAAUGUUAUAACGAUUAAUCGAUACAUCCUAACUCCUUUUGACUAUUGGAGGUACAUUUUCUGUCGCAGUAUAACAUGAAGUUGAUAAAUGUGUUAAGCA